AUGGCAUCGUUGGAGCGGCUCCGCAAGAACCGCGGCGUCGUCAGGGCCAGCGUCACACGAACCAUUACGCUCCUGACCGACGAACUUCAGGCCACGGCUCCCGAUGCCGCGCAAGUUGAUUCGCACGUUACAUACCUGACUCAGAAGAACGUCGAGCUCGGCAACCUCAACAAGCAAAUCCUCGACGCCACCGAUGAUGACGCUUACGACGAAGAGCUCGAGGCCGCGGAAGACUACGACCGGAAGGUGUCCUAUGCCGUGUCUCGAGCGCGCUUCUUCCUGCGCGAACACGCCAACACAGCGACGGCAACGAGGACUUCAAGGCCCGAGGCUACGUUACUGAACGCCGAUGUCGCUGGGGCCGGCAGCUCAGCGCAUACCGAGGUCACUGACGCUGCACCUCGUGUAACAGAGGGGACACCCGGCCCAGCAACCGUGCCGCGUCAUCGCACAGUGGUCCUGCCGAAACUUCAGAUACCUACAUUUUCCGGCGCACUUCGCGACUGGCAGACCUUCUGGGACCACUUCAGUGCCACGAUCCACCGUAAUGAAGACCUUCUGCCGAUUGAGAAAUUUAAGUACCUCCUCUCGUAUUUGAGUGGCGCCGCGAAGAGAGCCAUCGAAGGCAUUAGACUCACGGAGGUUAAUUAUGCAAUCGCCAUCAGGACCUUGACGGAGCGAUUUGGUCGACGCGACUUGCUCAUCAACGAGCACAUCGACCACCUGCUCGCCCUACCACCAGUCAAGUCUUCGGCAGAUGUCGACAAACUUCGCCUACUCUACGACAAGGUACAAUUUCGCGUCUCGGCACUGACCGGUUCGGGCGUCUCACCCGACCAGUACAACGUGGUCCUCAACCGCGUCCUAAUGAGGUGCCUGCCUGACGACCUCGCGAUCCUCUAA